GAGGUUUGCGGUUGGGAGGGGCGGAGGGGUUCUUUCUAAAGCCACAUCAGAGGCUCUUAUGGGAGCACAUCUUGCUGACUGUUUGACAGGACAAAGUUUUCUUUGGGGAUUGAACACACAGCAGCUGCAAUGAUGCGUUCUUAUUCAUGGCUGAUCUUCAAAGCAGUCCUGGCUCUGCUAUUAUCACCUCCGAGCAGUGCAGACACCGAUACAUUCCAAGGAGCCUUCCCGUAUCCGAACAAAUACGCACCAAAUAAAUCAGAGGGGUGUCUACAGUCACCCAUCGGGGCGCUUUUCUCUCGCGGUGCCGCUUCCAUAGCCUCAACGGAUGAGAUCCUGGAGUCCAGCCAGGAGGCGCUACACGUGACAGAGCGCAGAUAUCUGCGGCUGGACUGGUGCAAGACUCAGCCGCUGAAGCAGACAAUCCAGGAGGAAGGUUGCCUGAGCCGCAGCAUUAUCAACCGCUUCUGUUACGGACAGUGCAACUCUUUCUACAUCCCUCGGAAUUCCCAGCAUGAUGGGAUCAGCAUCUUUCAGUCCUGCUCCGCUUGCAAACCAAAAACAUUCAGCACCGUUACAUACACCCUCUUCUGCCCGGGACAGACGCCCAGUACGCGAAAGAAGCGGAUCCAACGCGUAAAACAGUGCCGCUGCGUUAAUAUUAAAACUGAUUGAACCCCCGCUGGAUUACACUUUGAUUCAAGGAGAGAAAAAUGAAAAAGAAAGGAAAUUUCCAUGUUAGAGUUGGGGCAACGGAGAAGGGAACUUUAAUGAACAUUUUAUAUUGGACUCCUUAAAAUAGGACUAAGUAAAUGUUUUCUUUGGUCAUCUGCGGGGAAAAAAUGCACCACAUUGACUAAGAUCUUGCUUAUGGCUCCAAAGAG